AUGGCAGUCGCCAAUCUCGAACUCCUCUCUCCAGGAGAGGGAUAUGGCAUAGUCAUCGGUCUCGGCAUCGGAUUCACUUUGAUCAUGAUAGUACUCAGUUUGAUACAAAAUCGAUAUGGGAAACACAACACUUUCAAGUCGGCAGAGGAAUUUAAUGCGGCAUCACGAUCUGUCAAGCCAGGCAUGAUUGCGGCAGGGAUUUUAUCGAGUUGGACUCAUGCAUCAACGCUGCUCACGAGCUGCACGUUGUCCUACUCGUAUGGCGUUGGAGGUGAGUUGUGGUAUGGAGCUGUAGGGACGUUUCAGACUUUGUUCUUUGCCGUAGCAGCUUUCAAGAUCAAAGAGAAAAGUAACAAUGCUCAUACAUUCCCUGAAAUUGUGCUACAGAAGCAUGGAGCCAUCGCUCAUUGCGUGUUUACCUUCUUUGGUCUGGUUACCAAUCUCAUCAACAGCAGUGCUUUAAUGGCUGGAGGAUCCGCAGUGUUUUAUUCUCUGACCGGUAUGAACAUAUGGGCCGCAUAUUGGAUAUUACCAGCCAUCGUCACAGCGUACAUCGUUGUUGGCGGACUCAGAGCAACGUUUUCACCAUGCAUCUGUGACUACUUACACACUAUAUUUCUCUACGUCUGCAUUUUUGCUUUCAUGUUUCAGACAUACUCAAUCAAUCCCAACAUAGGAUCUCCUGCCGAGCUCUGGAAAUUGCUCAAAGAUAAGGAAGUCUCAUCGCCGGCAGACUCUUAUAAUGGUAAGUCGGCCACUCUUAGUCAGUGUAUAAAUGGCCUUGUCACUGCGGCUACUAUAUUCUUGAGUGGCUUCUCCGCAGUCUGGACCGAUCAAGCAUACUGGCAACGAGCGAUCGCUUCCCAACCUGCCACGGCUGUGAAAGGCUAUGUUCUUGGUUCUUUUGCAUGGUAUGCUAUUCCAUUCGCAAUGUCCUCAACACUUGGUCUCGUUGCGGCAGCGCUCACAGGCACUUCUGUCUUACCUAUCAAAUUGAGUGCUGCACAAGUCUCUGCUGGACUUGUCGGACUUGCUGCUGCAAUAGCGCUUAUGAACAAAGUCGGAGCUGGACUCAUGGUGGUGUUGGUCUUCAUGGCGACUACUUCGAGUACCUCUGCUGAGAGCAUUGCUGCCUCUUCGCUCAUCACUUUCGAUAUCUACAAGGCAUACAUCAAUCCGAAAGCGACAACACGAUCGAUGUUUUGGGUUUCUGUGUUCGGGCUCGCCAUUUAUGGUGCUUUCCUAGCAGCCAUUUCUUGCAUCUUCCAUUCCGUGGGCAUCUCCCUGAAUUGGCUGAUCAAGAUCCUUGGUUGUUUGCUUGGAGGUGGUACUAUCCCUAUGGCUUGUGUUCUGUUAUGGGAUAGGACAUCGACUUUUGCUGUCAUUGUGUCUCCGAUCAUUGGCUUGGUCUGCGGAUUGACCUCAUGGAUGGUUGCUACUCAGUUGAGGUCAGGUGUCAUCAACAUUACUACAACUUCCAACGUUUGGAGCUCUUUAACGGGAGACUGUGUGUCUUUGGGUAUGGGAGGUGUCAGGGUCAUCCUCUUCACAUUCCUUGUGCCCAACAAGAAGAAGCUCGCCAUCAUCGAAGCAACGCCAGAGCUUGAGUCCACUGGCGGAGCUCGUGCCGAGAAAACGGAUCUGCCAGUUGAUUCGGAGGCAUCGCCGGACCACAAGAUAGGCAGAGUUGUCGAAGAGAACGUCGCAGCCCAAGAUCUAAAACCCAUCGAAGGAGAAGAAUACGUUCCUGAAGAGGCAUUAACUCUGGACGAGGUUAAGUCCCAGAAACGGAUGGCGUGGCUGUCUCUUAUUAUUGGCACCCUCAUAUUUAUGAUCGUCAUACCCUUUUCACUCUACGGAAUAGGCUAUGACUUCUCGGAGCAUUUCUUUACUGGGUUCAUCGUGAUAGCGUUCCUUUGGAUAUGGGCUUCAUUCGUCAUCUGCGUAUUUAUGCCAGUCUGGGAGUCACGCAAGGAUAUGUGGUACAUAGCAGGUGCCAUGUAUCGCGACGUUACUCGGUCAAAGGUCCACUAUGCCGAAUAA